CAGACGGCUCAGCGCUGUCCGCUCUAUCCUGUCAACAACACCGCAACCUGAGACGGGAGAGUCGUUCGGCUACAGCAGCUCGUUUAGCCGCGCUGCUAGCCCCCUGGAUGAACCCACCGAGGCUCCGGCUUGUUGGAAGGAAAGCCCGGCUUUGGAGCUGAUUCGACGGCGGCGGGAGGAAAACAAGCCGACCUCUCCUCCGGUUGGAUGGCUGCUCAGGUGGAGGUUCAGACCGGUGAGGUUGGCAGGACGGGGGCAGCAGGACGACUCCACCUGAGUCCACUGACUGACUCCAGCAACAAGAACGUCAUGGAGAUGCCUUCUGUAAGCGAGCCUCACAUCAUGGCGUCGGAAAGCAGCAAACCUGCCCCUAGCCCUAAGCCUCGGCUCACUCCUAAGCCGUUCGCUGUGGAGAAGCCCACCAUCAAGCCCAUACUUGCCCCUAAGCCCCAAACUAAACCUCGCCCGGAGACCACACGCCUCACCGGACCCAAACCGGAUCUGCCAAACGCACCGAAGCCAACGGUGAGGCAGACAACCUCCAACCCCAGCCGUCCGACCGCCACUUCCUUCAGAGCACCAAAUAAACUCAAAACGGGCCAAACCACCAAGCCUGUUCCCCAGCCGUUCAAACCGGCGCCCCCGCUUGACCCCGGGGAGCCCAGCAGAUCGGGCCGGCCGGUGCCGACUGGGAGGCAGAAACCUGCCGCCUCAAGCUUGGCCUAUUCCAAGAGUCUGAAAAUGUAUUCGGCAGCGGAGUGGUCCGGAACCACUUCCAACAAACUCGACAGUGGGCCGAUCAGCGAAGGGUCCAUCACUAGAGCUAAAUCCAUGGACUUCCUGGCUGCCAUCGGACAGGACAAAGAAGAAAAGGAAAAAGAUCAGCUCGGAGCGGCCGUGCAGAUGCGAACGAAGCCCAGAACCCCCAGACCCAGACCGGUUUCAGCCAUCUUCCCUGCUGCUCCAGCUAAAACGGAGGCUCCGGUUCCCGCCCCCCGCUCAGCAGCGAGGCGACCCCUUUCCGCUGAUCUCACGUCCAAAUUUGAGUCCAUCGGUCUGCCCCGUAACAGCCCCAAAGCAAACACUCCUACAGAGCCGGUGGCGCCGCUGGACCCAGAGGACAGAACCACUCCCAGUACAGCUCUGGGUAGUACCGAUGGUCCUGCAGAACCAGCGAACACGGACCAAGACAGCAGAAAGCUAGAGGACAGUGCUGUGAACGAGGCUGAAGAGGUUAAACCCGCGACCAGCAUCAGGUCUAGAAUUAGUCUCCUCCUCGACUCCUCGUCCUCCCCGGGCGCCACUGCGGACCCGCCCUCUUCGGUGCAGCCGCUACCAGAAUCAGAACCCUUGGUGGGGGUUAAACAGCUCAUCAAGCAGCUGACAGAGGACACCACGCCCCCUCCGGUCCCGGCCGUCAAGCCUGUGCUGAAGCCCCGCCCGUUGCCUCUGGACCUCACCAAAAGGUUUUCCUCCGAGCGCUCACCAGAACCUGCUUCACUCACUGAGGCCGCAGAUCGGCAUGAGAUCAGCAGAGAUCCUCAGAGAGGGGUGGAGGAAUCAAAAAGUUCUCCCAGUGUCCAGAAGAUGUUUGUGGAUUUAAAAGAUUCUCCAUCAGAGUCCAGAGAGGUUUUCAUUCCUGAAGGAUGGGAGGCAGGACAGCUGCUGACUCCUUCCAAGGAAAGUGGUUCUGGUGCUGAAUUCCACACGGUGAGAGCGUCUCUGUUUGAGAACGUGGUGGAGAGGCAGAGUGUGUUGAUGAUGGACCAGGAUGGAGCUGCCAGCUCACCCAGGGACCACCCUGCUGGCACCAGAGGAAACGACGAUGACGACGAUGGCUCUCUAGUCACCGCCACCUACAGGGAACCCUCGUUUCCCUCAGAUCCUUUCUGGGUGUCGCACGCCUUUGACACGGUUCAGGCCGCCGAGCACAGCCAGGCCAUGAGCGAGAGUGUUCCUGCAGCCCAAUGGGAAGACAAGGCCAUGACACUCCGCUCCAGACGCUCCGAGCGAUCCAGACCAGGCCUUCCGAUGACUCCCCCAGUGCCAGCGGACCCUCCGCCACGGUACCUCAGAGUGGGGGCCCUACAGAGGUGGACCGAUACAGGCCUUGACCAACGUGGAGGUCCGGAUAGAGGGAUGCUGGAGGAAUCAGAAAGCGAAGGGCGGGUGGCUUUGGAGAGAGAUCAGGAUGAAGUGUCUGCUGCCCCAAAACGCUUGAAGAUGCUGCAGGCAGAGGAGCAGCAGAAGCCCAGGGCCACCUACUUCGCUCUGACUGGUCAAAUGCAGGAGAUUUCUCCUGGAGGAGCAACCACUGUGGAGGGAGCUCAGCUCUACAAUGAGCCAUCUGUGAGGUCAUCUCUGAGCAGCUUCCCAGCAAGGAGGAACCCUUCCCUAGAACUAGCUUUUGAGCAGGAGAAGUUUGAUGAACUCAUGCUGAGGAGCCAUGUCCAGUCCGUGGACGUCAGGUCACCGACCGACAAAGCAGCCAAAGAGGAAACGGCAAAGAAACAAGAGCAUGAGAAGGAGACGGAAAGACACAGGGCUAAAGUCAACCAACAAGCGCAGGCCGACUUUGAAAGGAUGAGGGAGCUGGAUAGGCAGAGAGAGUACGAAAGACAAAGACAGAAGGCCUUCGAAAAGGAAAAAAGGGAAUUAGAGGAGGAACAGCAAAGGCAAAAACAGCUGGAGCUGGAAAAACAGAAACUCCAAGAACUAGAGAGGCAGAGAGAGAGACGAGAGGUGGAGAGGCAGAAAGAGAUGGAGGCCGAAAAAUCCAGACAGAUGGCUUUAGAACAGGAAAUGCUGAGGAUGAAGGAGCUGGAGAAAAGAACCAAACUGAAGGAGAUGGAGCUGGAAAAACAGAGGCAAAGAGAAAAGGAGAGGAUGCAGGAGAUGGAGAGACUGCAGUUGGAGAAUGAGAGACUGAGAAGAGAGCAGGAGCAGGACAGGAGGAGGAAGGAGGAGCAGGAGAGGAAGAGGAAGGAGGAGCAGGAGAGACUCCGAGAGAUGGAGAGGCAGCAGAUCAUAGAACUAGAGAAGCAGAGAUCCAAAGAGAGAGCAGAAAAAGAGGCAGAGAAAUUAAGACAGAUGGUGUUGGAGCAGGAAAUGCUGAAGAUGAAGGAGCUAGAGAAGGAGAGAGCAAAGGAGAGAGAGAGGGAGAUGGAGCGUCAGAUGGAGAUCAGGAUGGAGAAGGAGAGAGAGCUGGAGAAACAGAGGCAGAGACAACUGGACCUGGAGAGACAGCAGCUNAGGAUGGAGAAGGAGAGAGAGCUGGAGAAACAGAGGCAGAGACAACUGGACCUGGAGAGACAGCAGCUAGAGAAGGAGAGGCUGAGGAGAGAGCAGGAGCAGGACAGGAAGAGGAAGGAGGAGCAGGACAGGAAGAGGAAGGAGGAGCAGGAAAAGCUCAAAGAGAUGGAGAGACAGCAGAUUGUAGAGCUAGAAAGGCAGAGACUGAGAGAGAAGGAGGAAAAGGAGGCUGAAAAGUUGAGACAGAUGGCUUUGGAGCAGGAAAUGCUGAAGAUCAAAGAACUGGAGAAGGAGAGAGCAAAACAGAGAGAGAUGGAGAUGAGAGAGCAGGAGAAACGGAGGCAGAGAGAGAUGGAGAGGCAGAGGCAGCUGGACCUGGAGAGACAGCAGUUUGAAAACGAGAGGCUGAGAAAGGAACAGGAGAGGGACCGGCAGAGGAAGGAGCAGGAGAGACUGAGAGAGAUGGAGCUGGAGAAACGGAAAGCAAAGGAGAAGCUGGAAAAGGCCGAGGCUGAGAAGAUGAGGCACAUCGCCAAGCAGCAGGAAGCAGAGAGGCAGCGGCUCAAAGAGAAGCAGAAGAAGGAGGAGGAGGAGAGGCUCCGGUUGGAGUCGUCUCAUCAGAGACACAGAGGUGAUCCAGCAUCUUCCCAAAGCGGCGACCCUUCUCCGCGGUGGAGGGAGCCCCAUAAACCUGCUGGGCUCAACAUCGACUCCUUCACCUCUCCCACUCCGCCCGGGUUCCCUGCCCAUGAGGCCUGGUUGCAGCCAACGCCAGAAAGAGACGGAAGCUGGAAGGUCCCGCCACAGACCUCGAGCCCCGUAUGGACAACAUCUCCUCAGGAUCCGUGGGAGCUCCGUCCUGUUGAGAUGUCUGUAGACGGACCCAGAAACGCUCCCCACACGCUCAGCCCAGAACAACCACAGCGGCACAGACCCGCCUUCCUGGACCAGCCUCUGCUCUUGGCUCCUCCUUCAGGGAAGGAGCCCCAAUCAUAUCAGGAACCUCCCCACGGUGGAGACCAGGCCUGGAUUCCAAGAGAGCCCCAUCCUCCCAAGGACAGGAGCCGCAGGAGAACCCAAGGAUCUCAGGAGCUGAGCAGGAUGCGGUCCCGGAGCAUGUGCAGAAGAUCUGCUCCUGCCAGCAGCACCGCCGAGGGGAGUCUGUUCAGGAUGAGGAGCCGCAGCGCCCACAGAGAGCAGGACCUGCCCGGUUUGAAAUCCUUAAUGCAGACGCUGAAGCUGACAUCAGAGGCGUUAGCUAGUGAACCUGAGCUGCACGGAGGGAAGCGGCUGUUUGCUCAGAGUUUCUCCUUGACGGCGAGUCUUGUAACAUUCGGUAGCUGGGAAGUGAACGCUGCUGCGUUUUCUCUGACCUGCCUGUACCUGCAGACUGAGGCGGGGAGGGAAGGAGCCCUCCUGUUGUGGUGUCACCUUCCCGGCUGCCGCAGCGCCGACCCUGCUGCCGUCUCCUCUGUGUUUCUGGACUCUGAUGAUUCCCGUCCGCUCCGGGCCGUGAUGGACUAUCUCGGGGACAAGCUGGCGGUGGCUCACUCCCAGGUUUCGGGAUGGGUGGGAAACGUGCGGCGCUCGUUUCACGGGGCGCUCGGCUUCCUCUCCAGCUCCGUGGAGAGGGGCGGACGAGGGGAAGACGGCGGCGACUUCAAGAGGACCAACUCCUUGCGCUCUCUAGCCUCCCGCAGCAGGGAGUCCAUCCGCAGGUUCUCCCUGCGCAGCCAGCAGCGCCUGUCCCUACGCAGACGCACGGCGCCUGACACCCCCACCGCUGUGCAGCAGAAGCAGAGUGGAGAAUCGGACCGCAGAGACUCGGGAACUCCGGGCCGUGACGCCGACAGUCAGUACGGGACCUGGGACACGGGCCUGCGGACCGACGACAGCCUCACCCCUGCCUCCCCCAGUUCAGAGAGCACCCCGAGCGCCUCGCCCAGGAAGCACACCCCGCUGCCCUCGCCAGGCCCUCAGGCCUCUGCUCCAGACGGACACUCGUCCUCCUCUGAAGUUCAGCCGCUUGAGUGUCGAAGUAAAGGGGGCCGAACACGCCUCCACAUCACAACUUUUAUUGUUUGUUUAUUCCUCCUCAAAGUUCUGCUUUUAAUUUAUGUUAGUUUAUCACAUAAAAUCCCUCCUGAUAUAGAAAAAAUAGUUUCUCGUGUUUUUCUUAUUUUCUGUUUUCUCCCUUGGUCUCAGGCGCAGCUGAAGAAGCGAGGCGAAUCUGACAAUCAGACCGACGGGCCUGCCCCCCCUCCAUCGUACCCGGCCCGCUCUCCCAGGUCUCCCUUCCUCCCUCGUGCAGCGCGGGUGCUGCCCCCUGCUGGUGGGAAGGAGAACGGCGAGGAGGACUCCCCCCAGUGGCUGAAGGAGCUGAAAUCCAAGAAGCGUCUGAGUCACUAUGAGAGCGAGAGCUAGAGGAGCGGCAAGGUUGCCUUAACAGAUGAACCUGAGAACUAGAAGCCUUAACGUUUGAUCCAGAGAAGAAGGAGGGAGCCUGGAUCUCAAGCUGCUGAUAGAUUAUUAUUUUUCCAAAUAUUUUUGUUGUUAUUUUUCUCCCUCUCUGGGUUUAUAAAUGUGCAUGGUGCCUUUUUUAAAGCUGACUGACAAAAAGGAAAAAAGAAAACAAGCAAGGAACAGUUUCUGCUUCCUGUCCACUUCCUGCUGGAAGUUCUGCUGCACCUUCAGAUGAGACUGAGACUGACUUCCUCAUGCAGCUCCAUCACUCGGUGUAGGAAACAGCAGAGGAAGCGGCGUUGUCCCUACGGCGGAGGCUCCUGGCCCUUCCACCCUGAAUCACUCCACAGCCGCUGCAGAUUGUACUCAUGCUUGAUUCUUAGCUGUUUUUCAUAAUGAGGGAACGAGGAGCUUUGAAGGGAACAAUCAGAUCAGCACAAACACGACAACAAUCGUCUGUUCUCCUUCCUCUGACAGACCGGACGCUACUAGCUGCUAGCACCCAUCCGAAGCCAUACCGCCACAUCUCGCCGGUCCACGUGCAAUCGCCCCCCCUGUGUUCAGUGUGCGUGAACAAUCGUCCCUUCUCAUCCGGGCCGGCGCCGCCCAUGUCCCAGAGUUGGACCCGAUCGCGUCCCGCUCUGGUUAAAUGUCUUGGACCCGCUCGGCGCCGGCAGCCUUCCACUUCCACAAAGCACUUUGAUGCACUGCAGCACUCGACGUCUGCCCCCUCCCUGCUGGGUUCUGUUCUGAUGGAGCCGCUGUCCUUGGGUUGGAUGUAAAUGAACUUUUUGUCUUGAAAUAUGGGGGUUAUUUUUAUGUCUCUUUUCCUUUUUUUUUAAAGUAACCAUGUUUGUUACACUGAGUUUUUCUGACGCGGUGUCCUACAGCAAAUAAAUUCUUAAUAAAACAUGAAGUGGCCUGGA